GUGGCGAGGAAGCAACAAGGGCGGCAGUUCUGCGGGGCGCUGGACGGGUCAAUACCUGGCACCAGCUGUACUGUGUUGUACCUACACCCUCCUGCACCACCAUGGGGGAUUCCGAGCUGCCAUCGGGUUGGGAGAAACGUGUCAGCCGCUCUACGGGUCAGACCUACUAUCUCAAUGUAUACACCAAAGAAAGCCAGUGGGAUGCACCAACAGAGCCAGCCAAACCAGCAGGAGGGAGUGCCGGUGGUGGUCCUGACCGUGUGCAGUGCUCCCAUCUGCUUGUGAAACAUGCAGGUUCUCGUAGACCUUCUUCAUGGCGCCAAGAGAAUAUUACUCUUUCUAAGGAAGAAGCUAUGGACCUCCUAGAAGGAUAUCGUAAAGAAAUCACAUCAGGACAGUCAUCAUUUGCUGAAUUGGCUGGCAGGGUGUCAGACUGUAGCUCAGCCAAGCGUGGGGGAGACCUUGGACUCUUUGGAAGAGGUGCCAUGCAGAAACCCUUUGAGGAUGCUGCAUUUGCUCUUAAAGUUGGAGAGCUGAGUCAGAUGGUGGACACAGAUUCUGGGGUACACAUUAUUCUUCGUACAGCAUAGAUUGGCUCCACAAACCUCCAUUCUUCAGCUAGUGGCUUAAAACUUGAUGUGAUUAAUUUCCUGUUUUGUCAUAUACUAGACACUCAGGAAUUUAUUUCUUUUAAGUGUUAAAAUAUAUUUGCAGUUAUACUAAGUUUCGUUACAGAAACUUUCAUUGCCUCUUAGCUUUCAAAUGCAGAAUAGUUUAAAGUUAAAACAGUCAUUUAAAAGGGAUUAGGCAAUGCUUCAGUAUCAAUAAAAUAUUACAAUAAAAUAA